CGAAGACGAAGCCGAAAGAUUGGGCCAAAAUGUUUUUACCGAGCUAAGGUAGAGCAUUACUUAUUUUGUUUUGUUAUUUCUACCUUUAUUCGUUAGACAAAAUAUUUUACGUAAAUGAAAAGAAGUAAUUUGAAAGAAUGGGAUCUUUUGGAAACGUUUGCCGUUUGUGCUGCGGCGAAGAAACAAAUCUCAUUCAAAUUUUCAGCUCUUAUGAUUUACGAAUGCAGCUUGCAGACAAGAUAAAAAAAUAUUUAGAUGUUGAGAUACUGAUUGAUGACCACCUACCCAAGAAUGUUUGUGGCCAAUGUCUUACACGCUUAAAAGAAGUGGAAGAAUUUAUUGAGCUUGCACAGAAGGCCCAGCGUACCCUGGAUGAGCUUCAUAUUCAAACACAAGUUGCCAAGCAAAUAGCAGAAGGAGACACUACAUUCUCUGACUAUGAUGAUCCAUCAAAUCCUGUGAUGCUUCUACUGCUGCAAGAAGAGCUGAAGAGGCUGAAGAGACCUGAUCCUCUAAUAUCCAUGAGAAGAUCUUCCUUAAAUUCAGUUGAUAGAAAUUCAGGCAGUCAAAGAAGGAAGGGCCAGAACGUACCAGUUGCUGCUGCCAGAAAGUCUAAACGUUCCUCCCUUCCAUGUGAUAACAAUGAUGGAUCUCAGCAAUAUCCUAAGUCAUUAAAAAGUGAGCCUCUGGACCAAGAGACAAGUAAUUUACAUUACAUAACUGAAGAGGCUGAGGAUAAAACUGGCAGUAAAGAAUCAUUGUUGACAUCUGCUGACUGGGAGACUUCUGAACACGAUAAUACCGACCCUCUUGACGACGACUCACAUAUUGGCAGCUCUAAGAAUAAUAUGAAUAAUAAUUCUUCUGAAGCCUUGGUAGUUCCUGAUAAAAAUGCCAACAAUACCAGCAACAAAAUAGAAUGUAAUAAUAACAGCAACUUGGUGGAGCUAGCAGAGACCUGUGAUGAAAAUACCAUUGCCAUGGAUGGUAUUGACGAGUUCAUUCGGGAACCUAUCGUCAAGAUUGAGACCGAGGGACAGGAAGUUGAGCUUGAAGUGUCUGGUGAUGAAGGAACGCAGUCAAGAGCUUCCAAAUCAGCCUCGUUUCCCAUGAUGUCUGUACAUUUUGGUCGGUGCAGCAUAUGCGAGGCUCCAUUCUAUGCCCUGUCAAGCCUGCUGCUCCAUCAGCACAUGCAACACUCGCAGGAACCAAAGCCCCAGAACCCUCUGAUGUGCCUCUACUGCAACCUUACCUUCAGAGACCUUCACAAGCUUGUUGAACACACCGCGCUCAAACAUGGCAGCCAUGUGCCAGAACCCAUGACAUGCACUUCAUCCAUCGUCAAAGGCUCAGGAAGUUUGAAGGCCAGGAGAAAAGUGAAAGGUCGGCAUUACUGCCAUGAGUGUUGCAAGACUUUCCCCAGUAAGCGGGGGCUUGCUCUCCACCAACGCGUACACUCGAAAACCCAAAAAGCUGCCUCACUCUUCAAGUCAAAAGUUAAGCGUGCGCGCAAGAAGGUGCGCGGAACUGUGAGGUGUGGCAUUUGUGGCGACACGGCCUCGAGUUUCCCGCAACUGCGGACGCAUGUGGUGGCGGUACACAAAGAUACGGACGAAGACUGCAGCGCUCCGUACAUGUGCACGCACUGUGACAAGUGCUACAGCGCCCCUGCGUCACUCGUGCAGCACAGGGCCAAGCACGGUGUUGAUGCCAUCAUGUGUUCGAUAUGCUGCAAGUCUUAUCACCCAAAGUACCUGCGCAAGCACAUGAUAGUUCACCAGGAGCACCGGCCCCAUGCCUGCGACCAAUGCGACAAAGCCUUCAAAGACGUUGAGGGCUUGCGGCACCACAAGCUCAAGCACAGGCCAGAUGAGCUCAAGUACAAGUUCUCCUGUCACGUUUGCGGCCAUCGGUUCAUGAACAAUGGAGCACUUCAAGUGCACAUCAAGGUUGUGCACGAGCAAGUGAAGGACUUCAGCUGCCAGUUUUGCGACAGAAAAUUUGGUAGCAAGUCCACUGCAGAGAUCCACGAGAGAACCCACACGGGCGAGAAGCCCUUCUGCUGCGAGGCUUGUGGCUGGAGAUGCAACAGCAAGGGCAAACUAAAAGUGCAUAUGCGCGUGCAUUCUGACCUGAAGCCCUACGAGUGCAAGACGUGCGGCAAACGAACCCGCAGCAGGAAUGAGAUGCGCCAGCACGAGCUCAUCCACACCGACACGCGGCCCUACCCUUGCUCCCACUGUGAGAAGAGGUUCAGGAGCACUUCACAGCUCAAGAUACACGUUCGCCAGCACACCGGGGAGCGUCCGUACCAAUGUCCUCACUGCACAAGGAAUUUCUGCGACUUUGCCAACUACAGCAAACACAUGCACCGAGUGCACAAGAAGGAGUUUGAGGUAUCGGGGAAUAAGAAACAAUAUAAGGGUGUGCCGGGCAAGGACCUAGCAUCUGCUGGCAAAAUGCAAGGUCCAGUGCACGUGAAUGCCGAAACAGUUCUCGGUGGGGUUGGGCUAAUGGACCUUCAAAAAUCUUGUGGCUCUAGUGCUGUGGUAUCAUCCUCCUCCUCUUCGACUUCAGCUUCUUCAGACUUGAUCUCAUUAGCUCUCAAUGCAAUGCCGGGCAAAUGUUCAACUCCUGUGACCACCACCACCAGUAGCAACAAUGGAAACAACAUUGCAAAUCUUGUUGGGAUUCUUGACAACGACAGUAACGACAGUCUUGCAUCGACUGGUAGCCAGGACUUGUUUAAGUAUCCUCAAGCCUUGCAAUUAAGACUUCAGCAACUCACACAACACGAGCAACAACAACAGCAUCAGCUCCUUCAGUUACAACUGCAGUCACAUCAGCAAGCUUCAUCUGGAGGCCACGUCAAUUCAGCGAGCUCGAAUAAUAUUCAAGGGUCAGGCAUGUCUCUCCAUCACCAAUCUCAGGCUUCUCAUCAGCAACAACAGCAAUCAUUAGCUCUCCAGAAGAUUCAUCACCACGCUCACCAACAGCAGCACCAGCAGCAGCUGCUACCCCUCAACUUGCCACCUCCUCCUCAGGCACAUCAGCGUCUGCCUCACUCUCUCCUCCAUCCUACUCAUUCGACGGGCCCGCUGUCUUCUCAUCAUCUGCAGAUCCCUUCGUCAAGCCUGCUUUCGACGCUCACCGACUCCGUCACAAACCCAUCCUCUUCAUCCACGGCUCACCAUCAUUCUCAUCACCCCGUCCAACUGCAACACUCUGCGUCAGCUUACAGCAAUACACAGCAGCAGAACAACAUGUCGCAGCUGCCGCUACACAUGCAGCAGCAGUUAUCUCACCACCAGGCUCAGCAACAGCAGCAGUUGCUGCAACAGCAACAGCAGUAUCAAAAUAUUGCCUUUACCGGCCCGCAUCUUAAUAACUCGUCAUCAUAUGACCCCUUCCGCCUGACACUCUGACCAGGAAUUCAGCCUCUGGUCCCGAGCAUAGCCAUCUAACUUAUUCAUUCAUUGGAUAUGAAUUUGUCAUCUCAUUUAUUCAUUUUUUUAAUCGUUCAUCACCUUUGUUGUAAUUGAACGUUUUCUCCAGGUAUCUCUGUUGGAACUCCGAUUAUAUAGCAGUCAUUACGUAUAAAUUGUCAAAAUAAAGACUUUAGUUGUUGCAUUUUCUUUUGCAGGCUUUGUGUAUGCAUCCAAAUUAGUAAUCCACGUUGAGAGUGAAUCAUAGCUACUCACACCAACUGAUGGAGUAUAAUAGAUAGGAAUUGGUUGUUGUUUUUCACUGCAGAUCUCAUAGAAUCAAGUCUUUUUGUGCAUGUUGAAGCAACGAAGCCGAUAUUACUGACCUCGCUUUUUUUAGUCAUUUUCUGUUCUCUGAUUGAAAAAGGAACACAUCAUGAAUUCUAUUCAUUUUACUCGUACCUCCUUGCUUAAAUUUAUUGAAAAUUUCCAUUCCUUUAUGAAGACCAUGUGUUUUAUUGAUGUUUUUAUGUGGACGAUAACCUGUUGACAUGCUGUUACACAGUGCAUGCAUCACUUUUCAUAGGGACGAUUCUCAUGACAUGGCACAGCGGGGGGUGGCCACAUUUAGUCACCAGCAGCUAUUUCAGUCUCACUGAUAUGUGAUUUGGGAGCGGGUUAACCUUCACUUAUGAGACUAACCUCUACGCUAAUCAUUGAUCGAUUUUCUUGCUGAACGAGUCGAUUGAGUUUCUUGGGAUACUGAGCCUAGCGGUAUAAAAAAAGUGUGAAACCAUCAAAUUGCUCCAAUCCAAUCUUAAAUUCGUGAAUUCAAGCCUUAUCGUGAAUAUUUUACAAAGUUGAACCCUGGAAAAGACGUUUAUAGCUCACUCACCUACCCCAGAUGUCGAGAAGCCCCGUCUAGUAUACUCACCUGAUCGUUUUAUGCAUUUUUUUUUAUU